GAAAGUUCAAAUGGUCCCUUUUAUCCCACUCCCAUUCUUCACAGAGAAUUGAGAGUGACUGUCUCUGUGCUUGCUUCCAUUUCGUCUUGUGAAUAUUGUCAAAAUGGUGUGGGACAUUCUUCGAGACUCGACCUUUGGUCAACUUACCCGUCUAGCGACAGGGGAUAGAUUCUUUUCAUACCCAGAGGAACAGAAAGAAUUUGAGUUCUCGAGAUUCUAUGGCGAUGCUUCCCAUCCGCCAAAUCCUCGAGAUGAAUCCGAAUUCGACACUCAAAAUGGAGGACGGACUGAUACUUUGGAAGCUCAAGACGGCCGAGCCUCUUCAAUCUCAGACAAAGAUGAAGAAGCUGGAAACAACGAGAAGAAGUUUGAAGGAGACGACGAGUCCACACCUAAUCUAAGCGCGGGACAAGCUCCCAACAGCGAGAGAGUCAGCGAGUCAGGAGAUCUCGAGAAAGCAACCGAAAACACUGAAACCCCAAAUCUCUAUCAAGCAGCCACGGCUCCUGCUACGGGAAAUGCGGAAGGCACACUUGGAAGAGCUCGCUCGCAACCAAUCGUGCCUGUCAGAACGACAACAGGCACCAUCUUGGUAGACUGGUACACCACCGAUGACCCAGCGAAUCCGAUGAACUGGUCUGCUGGAAAGAAGGCUUUUGUCGCUGGUCAAGUGGAUCUCUACACUUUCGCAGUUUAUAUGGCAUCAUCGAUAUAUACAAGUAGCGAGCCGGACGUUAUGCAUGUGUUCGGCAUAGGGUACACCAAGGCAGCACUCGGUCUAGCGAUGUAUGUUCUUGGAUAUGGUCUCGGACCUCUUCUCUGGUCUCCCAUGUCGGAGAUUCCAAUUUUUGGGCGUAAUGUGCCAUACGUCGGCACCUUUGCUAUUUAUGUAAUUCUGUGUGUUCCUACAGCUUUGGUCGAUAACGUCGGAGGGCUGCUUGUUCUUAGAUUCCUGACAGGAUUCUUUGGAAGCCCGUGCCUUGCAAAUGGUGGUGCCACAAUGCAGGACUUGUUCCAUCCAUUUUACAUUCCUUACGCGAUCGCAAUCUGGGCUGCCGCUGCUUUCUGUGGACCAGCACUUGGACCUAUGAUGUCUGGUUUCUCUGUUGCAGCAGAAGGGUGGCGGUGGUCCCUUUGGGAAAUUCUCUGGUUAUCUGGCCCAGUGUUUAUCCUUUGGUUCUUCUUCUUGCCGGAGACCAGUGCCGACACCAUCCUCCUUUACCGCGCUCGUCGUCUACGGAAGUUAACCUCAAAUCCCAACCUCCAAUCUCAGUCUGAGAUCAAGCGUCGUAAUAUGACUGCUAAUCAAAUCUUCAUCGAUGCCAUCAUCAAGCCUUUCGAAAUCAUGUUCAAAGAUCCUGCCGUCUUGUUCACCAAUGUCUACACUGCUCUGAUCUACGGUAUCUACUACAGCUUCUUCGAGGCUUUUGCCCUUGUGUACCCGCCGAUCUAUGGAUUCAAUCUAGGCUUGACAGGAGUCGCAUUCUUGACUGUCCUUGUCGGUGCAUUGGUUGCUGGGACUGGAUUUUUCGCGUUACUACAUUUCGUUGUGAUUCCCCAGAUGAAAGCCAAAGGACCUGGCAAGCAGGAAGAUGUCUUGAUGCCAUCGUUGAUCAUGGUUUUCGGACCCCCGAUUGGCUUGUUUCUCUUUGGAUGGACGGCAAGAGCUUCUGUCAACUACAUAGUGAGCAUCAUAGGUAUUGGAAUAUACGCUGGAUCCGUCUUCAUCGUCACCCUCGGAAUUUUCACCUACAUUCCAAUGUCAUACCCACCAUAUGCCGCCUCUCUUUUCGCCGGUAACGAUGUCUGUCGAUCCUUGAUGGCAUUCGGCGCCAUCUUAUAUGGUAGACCUUUGUAUGAGAAUCUCGGUAUUGGCCCCGGAAGUAGUUUAUUGGCUGGCUUGAGCUUCUUGGGUGUGAUUGGCAUUUGGCUUCUAUUUUUCUUUGGUGAAAAUCUAAGAAAGAGGUCAAAAUUCGCUCUGCAUUAGUCGACAGCCACGAAUGGCAGGAUACUAAUAUUGUUAGAUUAGGAAAAGAUGCGGUACUAUUUAGGUCCGGUGUUUUAGAUUUGCUUAUCGAUCGAGG